UGCUUCCGAGUCAUUUUCAGUGGCAGCAUGGAGAUGCAUGGUUUUAACUAUUAAAAAUGAGAAGUAAAUUAAGAAAAAACAAUUCUAUUUAUGUUUUCGUGGAUUUCGGAUGAACCGUUGGUGAAAUCUUAAGUGCUUCUUUGCUGCUGCCAGGAUGGAUCUUGGGAAGGCAAAGCUGCUUAGGACUGGACUSAACACUCUCCACCAAGCCAUUCACCCUGUGCACGGGAUUGCAUGGACAGACGGCAAGCAGGUCUGCCUAACGUCCCUCCACUUCAUCGGUGGCGAGGUGAAGUUCGGAGACACCAACGUGAUCGGCCAGUUCGAGCACGUUUUCGGACUCUUCUGGGGCCCGCUGUGCUGCUCCGACUCCCCCGCGCUGCUGGCCGUCCAGCACAAGAAGCACGUCACGGUGUGGCAGCUGCAGCUCAGUGCCCUCGAGCAGAACAAGCUGCUGUGCACGCAGACCUGCGAGAUGAGCGAGCCGUUCCCGUUGCUCUCUCAAGGCUGCGUCUGGCAUCCCAAACUGGACAUUCUGGCCGUGCUGACCAAGAGGGACACAUCUGUGUUGUUUUCUGUCAGGCUGGACAACAGGAGGAUUAAGGCAGACAUCAAAGGUAGUGGGCUCAUUCAUUGUGCUUGCUGGACCAAGGACGGGACACGCCUGGUGGUGGCGAUAGGCAGCGCGCUUCAUUCUUACAUUUGGAAUGACAUCCAGAAGAGUUUAGUGGCCUGCUCCUUCUGCCCCAUCUUUGACGUGGGGGGCUACAUUUGUGCCAUUGAAGCCACGGGCGAGGCUCAGGUGGCCGUGGCUACAGAGCUGCCUCUUGAUAAACUAUGUGGGUUGAACGCUGGGAUAGCUUUCGACGUGCCAACAGAGUCCCCACAAGGCCAGGGCUCGCACGUGCUCAUGUCAGAUGACGAUAGUGUUUUGGAUUCGAGGAGGAGAUCAUUCGAAUCCGAGAGGUCUUUCCUCCCCACGUCAGGCCCUCUUGAUCUCACCCACCUCCUGGCGAGGCACCGCCGCUCGGACCCCAGCCCCCUGAUCCACUUGUGUCGUCGUGACACCGUGACGGGAUCCGGCCAAGACAGCUCGCACCUCGUUUUGGUUAGCUACGAGCGGAAGGUCACCACCACCCGCAAAGUCAGCAUCCCGGGGAUUUUGGUCCCUGACAUCGUUGCUUUUGAUCCCCGCGCCUCCACACUCGCAGUGGCGUCUAAUACCUGUAGCAUGGUGCUUGUGUACCGCAUCACUGCCUCUGCAAUGCCCAACGUCCAGCAGAUCUCUCUGCAGCAGAACGACAGACCCAAAGGAGUCUGUUUUCUCAAUGACAAGGUGCUGCUGGUGAUGGUGGGGAGACAGAAGUCCAACGACCCUGCCUUCCUCCCAUCAUCCAACACUGAUAAAUAUAUCCUUCGCCUCAUAGCCAAAGAGUUGAUAUAUGACGGAGGGACGCCUAUCACACCAUCCCCCUCCUCUACCAACCACGAGACUUCUUCUAAUUUCUGCGCAGGGAUUAGGAGGCACUCAGAGCACCUGUCAAAGGAUGACAAAGAGCAUCCAGGGAUAAAGGACUUGGUACUGCCUGGAAGGGGGGUAGUUUGUUCACCGGGGAACAGGCGUCGGCUGAUCAAGGAGGUCAAGAACACGGAACCCGGCCCCAUCACCGGCUCUGCAGAGCUCACGGAGCGACCCGCGUCCAGCACGUCCUCCAUCACCGUGGAGAACUUCGACAUGGACCACAUCAACCGAAUGGCCAGCCUGGCGGUUUCCGGUCAGGCCAGCAGGGACUCGAGUCGGGCGAGUUCCCCUCGCUUCGAGUCGUCGGAGAAGAUCCACACGGAGCCGACGUUGCCUCUGUCUGAGAAGACGUCCGUCCCGGUCAAGGAGCGGGGCGUGGAGCAUCUGGUUCACAGCAUGGAACGGCUUUUUACACGCUUUGCAGAUGUGCAGCAGUGCCUGGCAGAAAUCAAGGACUAUACGCAGAAUGGGAGGAAGGUCCCGAGUGCGUACCCUAACGCAAGUGAACCUCCAUAUGUCAACGUCACAUGCCAGAGGCAGCUGUCAGAGAACGUGUUCAUUGAUGAGCGGAGGCCGGUGCUGCUGUGUGACGGGAAGCUGUGUCUGCGUGUCCUCCAGGACCUCUUUAACCUCACCGUUGUGGAGAUGAUGUAUGGACCAUUGUGGAUUGUACUUGUGGCAGAUGCAGAAGGCUUUGUGCCACUGGUGUUUAAGCCCAAAGAAGAACUUGUGGUGCGGAACGGCAAGAGGAAAUCUACCUUGCGAGCCCCUGGAAGUCCAGAUAAUUCCUGUCCAUCCAGUCCCACCACAGCUACAGAGGCCUCUAUAUCCUGAUCCAAACCUCUGAGGAUGGACUAACAGAGGGGUUUAUCCCCCAAAACAGUCAAAACUGGAACAAAGCAGUUGGAAAAAUGCAGUGAACGUGAAUCCUUAAAUUUGCUUUUUGUAUAGAAAAGGAGUGAUUUCGUUAAAACAAAUGCUGAUUCAAAAGUAGUAUGUACAGACCAAUGAGGAUUUUAUUUUUUUCCUCUUGUUAAAUUUUUGAGAUGCGGUUGUUGAAGUCUGCUACAGUGCUGGUAGCCUUCCAGCAAUGAUGCUAGUGUUGGAAACAUUUCUGACAUGUUUUAAUCAUUCAUAUGUUAGACAAAAACAGAGAUAAAUCUAUGAUGUCAAGCUGUUUUGUUCUGUUUGUUUUUAAUGAUGCACAGCAAAAUCGCAAUUUUCGUGCUUUUACUCAUAAAAUGUUGCUUCAUAGUUCAUUAUCAAAUAUUUCAAGCCAAAUUUAAGAGCAGAAAGCCUAAAAACUACAUACAUGUCCAUAAAAAUUACUUUGUCUUGCUCAUAACUUCUCAUUGGUUUAUUAAAACUUAUGGACACGUGCAUCAUCACUA